ACUUAAUCUGAUACGAUCCUACUUACCUGGUAGGAGCAUCUUAUCAGAUAAAGACUGGCCAUUCUUCGACCAACUCGACUCUUUAUUCUCCCUCGUAGAACCGUUGGCUUUAUUCCAAGAUUCCAUGACUUGAUGUCCGCCUUGGACGCUGAGAUUUUUCGACCCGAUGCGAAAGCUCCCAGGGAUGGCGUCAAGGAGAUAAUCCUUCAGCUACGUUACCAGAGGCACUUGAACCUAUUGAUUGGACUUAUAAUUCAUGCGAUCUUUUUCCUCGUCGUAUUUCUACGUGGCAUCAUCAUCCGGACACCACUUCGACAAUACAUAUCCUCCUCACGACUAAUAUCCCAACUACGACCUUCCCAAUAUCCACGACAUCAUAUACAAGCAUAUAAUAUCUUCAAGAAACUCGGAGUCACCAUACCAACUUUCAGCCAACUCGUCGCCCUUUCCUCCUUCACCCUCUUAUUGACAUUCUUCUCGGUCUUUGGUUAUGGCUUCAGACACCCAAGUAACCCGGAGUACGUUCCACCCACUGCGUGGUUUAUUCGCUAUAUCGCAACGCGGCUUGGGGUGAUGUCUUUUGUCCUCAUGCCGUUGCUCAUGUUGACCGCGGGCCGGAUGAACUUCUUAGUCUGGAUGACCCAUUGGUCCUACGAUUCGUGGAAUAUUUUUCAUCGGUGGAUAGGAAGACUUGCAUUGGUAUUUGCAGUCCUCCACACGGUUCUCUAUCUCGUAUAUGCUCAUCUAGUUGGACGAUUAUGGGUGAACUUCUCGAAACUAUAUUGGAAUUGUGGUUUUGUUGCCCUCGCAAUGUAUCUCGUCCUGUCGUCUUUCCCUUCCGCGAGGUUCAUCCGCCGUAUGUCCUACGAGGUUUUCCUCGUGGGUCACGUAUUGUCCACAGUCGUAUGUUUGGUCGUUCUGUUCUACCACACGCUCUGGCGAUUCGCCAAUGAAUGGCUGUACAUCACUAUCCUCUAUUGGGCCAUCGACAGACUCUCCCGCGCAUUCAAGGUUACCAGCUUACUCCCUCUCUCCGGAACUCUAACGGAUUAUGGAACCGUCAUGAGACUAGAUGUCUACCUUCCAAAGGAUGUCAGAAUUCGCCCAGGACAAUUCGCGCACCUCCGCUUCCCAGAAGUGAGGUACAUGGAAAGUCAUCCCUUUUCCAUCGCUGCAAAUAAUCAUUGUGAUAGCGUCGAGGGCAAAGUCUCCGGUUAUAAACAUGGAAACAGGACUCAUGAUACGGAAUGGAGUCCCCUUAUUCCGUCGGAAGAACGAACCGAGUGUUCGUCGCACAAAGCCGUUUCGUUCAUCAUUCGCCCUUAUGAUGGAAUGACUCGGCCGCUGUACGAACUCUUGGCAGCGAAGGAGAGCGUCAAUAGAUCGAUUUCCGUUAAGGUUUACAUGGAAGGUCCAUAUGGACACGAGCACGACCUUAAAGAACAUACUUCUGUUUUGUUACUGGCUGGGGGCGUUGGGAUCAGCUUCACACUGCCUUACCUCUUAAAUUGGUCUACCAUUGUCGCGUUGCGAGAAAACAAGCCAAAAUUACGUGCAGUGUGGAUUGUCAGGUCUCUGAUGGAGGUAGAUAGUGUUUUGGACCUCCUGGAGAGCCUUGAUGGCGAGGCCAAAGAAUCAGUCGAGAUAUGGUAUACUGGUCAGGAGGAAGAUUUGGAAGCCCAUGCGGAAGCCUCCGCUGCUCCGUCUCUGUGGGUACCGUGGAUACCUAGAGUACGCUUUGGGCGACCACGCAUGGAGGAGCUUACCUCUCAAGCUCUAAAUGUUGGCGAGAUUGAAUCUCCAUCUCUGGGUCUUCUAGGGUCCUAUGUGUGCUUACUCUGGCGUUCAGCAUGCGGUCCAGGAGGCAUGUUAGAUCACUGUCGAUUCGUAGUAGAGCGGAUGAUGUUUCCCACGGCAGCGCGUAUUCAUUAUGUAGAAGAGGCGUCGACCGUCUAG